CCAGAGCGGCCCACCCCAGCCUCAAGAGGAGGCCGGGCGGACGGCUGAGGGGAGAAGCGCUGCCUUCUUGGUGGAGUUCAGCCAGCACAGCAGUCAUCUCGCAGCCAUGCCCAAGGGCAGGCGGGCCAACCCCAGCACCGCACGGGAUGGUGCCUGGUUUCAACACUCUAGACCGCUGCAAAUAUAUCCCGAAUCCCUUACUGCCAGUAUGCAAAAACAGAUACUAAACUUAGAAACUGUUCAUCAAAUUGAAAACAGAUUGCCACUGAUGUAUAAACUUCGAGAAAAGAAGCCAGUAAACACGUUUCCAUUUUCAGUCCAUGACAACAGACAUUGCUUACUGAAUGUAGGAGAGUACUUAGAUUCUGGGCUAGGACUAAGAAAAUUUCAACAAGAGACAUGUCAACACUAUUCACAAAACUUCUCCUUUUUGGCCCAUGAACCCAUUUUGAGCAAUACUAGCUAUUGUACUAUGUAUCAAACAUCUUUUGUUCCAUACCCAAACACUGAAAAGCCCUUUCCAGGGCGAUUUCCCAAAAGCCACAUAGAGAGAUUCAAUGCUUUGAAUCCUGUUUCUAAGAAAGAUUCCAUAUGGUUUUCAGAAUGCAAUUCUAGUCAUAAUACUUUAAUUCCCAGUGGUCCUGUUAUAACUACUCUACCCGAUCCUAAGGAGCUACCUGAUGCACAGUUGAUGGAAUAAAUGUUCACGUAAAAUGGAUACUGAAAUGCAUUCCAGUUUGAAUUUACAAUAAGAUUGUUAUGAUUAGCAAAUUGAUCAUUGUUCUGUUUCCUGAAUAGAAAUUACUUUAUGAACCUAAGCUGCAUGAAGACAAGAGUAGAACAAGAAUAAUCACAUUUGUGGAGCUGGGGGUUUUUUCUGCGUGGGGGGGGGAGUAUUUUUAACAAGGAACAAUGUAGCUGGAAAAAAGGAAAGGCAUUUUAUGUUUGCAUUAAUUAAAAAUUGCUUGCAUUAUUCCUA